AACGAGGAACUUAUUCGUAGUUUGGUUCUAUUUACUGUGGAUACGCUUUAAUUUAAAGAUUAGUUAACGUCUGGUCCGAAAGCAUUCAGUAGCAAUACUGUACUUAUAACAAAAUUAUUAAUAUUAUGCCCCAUUAUAAAUACAGUUCACUUGCUGGUCGAUUGCUACCAUCACAGACACAUUUACAGCCACUUCAUCCAACGUCGCUAUUACCAGUUGAUAAAGCAGAUCCACCAAAAAUGAUUUGGGACUCCAUCAAAACUAAAACAUUAAAAACUGCUCCUUUGUCAGCAGCAUCGUUUUCAACGCUUGAUCCUAAACUUCUUGCCAAAUAUAAAAAAUUCCAGGCAAAUGUUGAGAAACCAGUUUUCUUAAUGGGAGGACCUCCUGAUAAAAUAUUAUUUGGAGCUACAUGUGCAAUUGUAGUUGUUGGUGUUGCUCAGUGCUUCAAAUUAUUUUAUGAUAUGGCUAAUCCAAAAAAAUGAAUUAUUUAAAUAAAGAUAAAAAUGCAUUGUAGUGAAAGU